AGCCAAGUUACGCACUUUACGUCGUGAGACCCUCCCCUCCUCUCCUCCUACCCUGCCCUGCCCUACAAUCCACCACAUAACCUACUACCUAAGUAUGUAAGUACUUACAGCCAUCCGGUGGAGGCCGAGACUUGCUCGCGUCCGUUAGGCAACCCGACUAACAUCCCGGGGUCCUUAUCUAGUCUGCUUGUGCGGCUUUGUUUACAUUUACCUACUCUGUAUUUCAUGUCAUCCUGGCCAUGCUCGGCACAGACAGAACUACAGUACCGUCGUUGUUUUGUCGUUCGAUGCUACCAUCAUACUGCAGUGUACAUUCUAGGCCACCUCUGCACAUAGCUCUGUUCUUGUCUUUGACUCAGCACGGAUCCGAUGACAAGGAUCAUUUAAUUACUAUUUGAAACAUCUAAAGAGACCACCCCUGAAACUAGUAGUCACCCAUACUCCGGAGUUUCCCACUCUUUGGCCUGCUCGAAAGGGCAUUUUGUCCACCCGGGAUUGUCGACUACCUUCCCGACAGGGGCCAGCAAUAUCAACAAUGCUAAGAGGGGCCAUGACUCCUCUCCCAGUGCUGGAAGCGGAUGCAGGAACACCCCAUGCCCUGAUGUCGCAAACUAGACACUCGGGAGUCUACGAGUCACCAAGUCUAACGUUUAGCCCAUAUGACGAAACACCGUCAAAGCCGCCUGCUCUCUUGCCCGCAAACUCGAUCGAAAGAAACGCGUCCUCGACUCAUAGACAGCAUCAACGGCAGCAGUCGAUACCAAGCUUUUCAGCUAAACGUUCAAACGUCCCCUCUGUUCCUCCCAGGCAGGGACACGAUAAGAGAAACUUUCAAGAUAUGCCGUUGACGGGGGACGGACGGGGUGGGGGAAAUUCGCCAGCACGUCUUGGAGGCAUUCGGCGCAGCGGCCCAUCGACGCCCUCACUCGAAAGUGACGCAUAUGGGCAUUUCCCGCAGCGGUCCCGGACACCUGUAGAUACAACACCAAAGAGCACCACACAAUCUCGUCUCGGAUUUAUAGCAUCUUCCGUCUCAGCCUUCACUGCUCGGAUGACGAGCCCAACACAGGUGGCGCCCGCGAAGAUAGAUGACGAGCUGUGCGACCUCAACAUCGAGGCCGCUCUAUUUCCAGCAUCGCCAUCGUCACUAUUAGACUCCUCCUCCUCCUCUCCCGGAAACGGAGACGCGUUCUCGCCAGCGGCGUACAAGAACCUGCAAGCCAACGCCACGGGCCUGUUGCACCGGAUGCAAGACGCCUACCGCCAACGGACCAUCGCACUGCGGGAGCUGCAGGCCGAGCACGAGGCUCAGCGCGAGGAGAUAGAAGAGAUGGAGCUGCGCACGCUCAACUUCAAGAACCAGCUCGAGGUCAUGGCCACGAAGGCCGUAGAGCAAGAGAACGCCAUGCAGCAGCUCGUCGCUGAGCUCCAAGCAGAGCGCGCCACGCGACGGCGGCUGCAGCAUGAGGAGCGCGUGGGGAAAAUGGCGCUGCUCUCGCAGCGCGAUGUCCACGAUGGCGAGGGAGACAGCGAAAGGGGUCUAGACGAAAGGAAGCACCAGCGCUGGAGUAACGGGACAGCGAAAUCUGACGUCCUCAGCAUCGACACGGACGCCGACAGCGCCGAGAGCGAGAGCAUAUUCUCGCGCAGCCGCAGUCCGACGGCGAUGACGUGCAUGACGGUGGACACGGAGAGCGUCGUCGAUGUCCCUACACCGAAUAGUUUACUCCACCCCCGAGCAGCAGCGGCCAAUACUACCCCGAAAGGAAAAGCAAUGACAGCACAACAAGGGCAGCAGCCGCAACAACUUACGGCUUUCCAGCGCCUGGUCAAGGGGAUUUCGAGGGAAGAUAACGACGGAUGCAGGAAUUGCAAAGGGCAGGACGCGAGCGUUGCGUGGGACACGGUCAGUCUGCUGCGGGACGAGAAUAUUGCGCUGAAGCAGCGCGUUGCGCACCUCGAUGUCGUUAUUGAGGGCGCGCUGGAUGUUGUCAAUGGGGUUGGGAGGUGAGGUGAGAUGGUGUGGUGUGUGAUUACACUCACUUGGCUUAAUCUCACUUUUACUUACCCUCCUUAUUCCCUUUUACCUUUAUCUCAUCUCAUCAUCUCAUCUAUCUCUUAUGUCAUCUCAUCCAACUUAUCCUCAUCGUAUAUCAGGGUAAAUAUUACCAGUUGGAUUGGGUAGGUAGGCAGUUUGGCUAGAUUGGUUGGGUCGGCUGGGUGGCUCAUACGUUUCACCAUCAUCAUCAUCAUCAUAUGGAGUUAUGCAUUCACUAGAAGGGAUAUAUCAUGAUGAUCAUGAACAUUUGGGUACGGAUGGGAAUUUGGGAAAGGAAGGAAGGGAAGGAAAGGGGGGGGUUGGAUUGCCCAGGUGGCCUUUUGGAUAUGUAUAUAGGUUUACAUCGCACAAACGAACAAACAAAGAAACAAAGAUUGACGCCUUCUA